AUGCUUGUCCCCAUGCUACAAAAACUGAACGACGAACAAAAACAUUACGCUAAAAUAGAGAUCCUAAAUGUAAUGAAAUAUACCAGGAAUUACUAUGCUCUGCCAGUUGUUCACUAUCCUGACAUGAUCCGUAGAGCUAGUUACCAACCGCCUACAAACCAUUUCGCAGCCACCAGAACAUUCACAAACCGUUUCGCAGCCAUCAAGACAUCCACAAACCACCGUUUCGCAGAAUUCAGAAUGUUCUAUGAGGAGUUACUAUUCGCAAUUUUCAGAUUGUUUACUAUCUCCCAUGGCAGGUUGCUCCUCAUGUGA